GCGCACCUAACCAGCGUCAAUCAGCUGUGUGCCUUUUCCCGCAGUUUCUACAGACUAGGACUGUAGACGGCAGCGCGUCUUGGCUGCAGAGGUUGUUGGGACGUGAGACAUGUUGUUAAAUAAGAAUGCGCUGCUGAGUAAGUUUUAUGUACAGGACCAUCCGUCUAGGUGUAAGAAGAUUCUUCAAGAUACAAGAAAAUGUAAACGACAUUGCGUAGUCAUCUUUUUUUAAAUGUACAUGUAUUAAUUGUACUGCCAACUGACUUUUUUCGCACGAACUGGAUAAAAAGUGACAGAGCUAUAACUCUUUUCCUCCCGCGACUUGCCCCCGAGGGCUGAAAAGAAAGCUGGUAAAACCACAGUCUCUCUGUUGCUUUACGAAGAUACAUGUUGAGUAGAGGAGUGAAGCGUAAACUAGAAGACGACGACGAGAUCAUGGCUGCUGAAACGUCAGGUGCCUUUGAUUCCAGCUCAUUGUUACCUUAUCCACAGCAGAGACAGCUGGUCCUCAACAUGUGCCUGAGUAAACUGCAGAGCUGCCACAUGAAAGUGGAGCCGAGCCUUCACCGUUCAGUUCUGCUAGCAAACACUUUAAGGCAGAUUCAAGAAGAAAUGCGGCAAGAAGGAGGAGAGUCUACACUAGCGCCCAUAUAUGAUGGAAGCUCCUGCACCUACAUUGGAGGAAAUCCUCCAGCAACACCUGCACAUAACCCUGAACUGCACAGUUUGCUACUUGAAAGCCCCAUUUAUCCUAAUAAUAGCUCAGUGACGGACAAUACCACGUCGUCUUCGGUUUCUGCCAUUUUACGAGAGGCUGGAUUUGUGGAGGACGUGAACCCAGCGCCAGCUUGUCUAGGAUGCUCUGAUAGUGAGGAGCUGUGCUUCUCAAGCUCUCCCUCUUACGAGAAUGAUGGUGACGAGCAGCCUCUGGACUCGAGAUCCUCGGACUCCCUCUUUGGUUCAUUUGAAAUUAGUAAUUCUACCAGCUACCUUACAGACCUUGCCCUGGACGACAUCUUUGAGGACAUUGACACCUCUAUGUAUGAUUCCUCGGACUUUUCAACCGUCAUGUCCUUUCCGGUUCCACGGUCUCCAGCCUCUUCUUCAGAGGACACUAUGAAAUCCUUCCCUACGUGCAUCUCUCCCUCCUCGAAUGGCAUUCAGAUAUGUAUUACAGACUUAAAUGAUCUGGACCACAUUAUGGAAAUCCUGGUGGGAUCAUGAUGUUUGCUAACUGGAAAUAUUCACAUAUAUUUAUUUUUAUACCAAUUGGAUGAAAUGCAAAUAAAAAUGGAGAACCCGCCCACCUUUCUGAAAGGUUUUUCAAACGAGGCUCGGGAGCCCAGUUGGUGCAUUUUGAAGAGACAGAAGAAGAUAGUAUUACUUUGUGGAGUAUUUAUAUUUAUUAUGAAAAUGUUUUAUUUUAAAUGAACUGUAUUUUUUAUUUAGUUCAAGAGAC